GCGUCGGGCGCUCCUGGGUUUCUGGAAGCGCUGCCUAGUCGGGAAACUGAUUCACUGCUGGAGACGUGGUUGCUCAUAGCUGUGGUUAUCGUUUCUCUGAUUUUUGACAGGUCUAUUGUCCAGCAGUUUUGCCUUCUUUCCCAUUAUUGUAGUGUCCCUUGCUACCCCCUAGCAGAGCUUGCUAGCCAGGCAAUUGUACAAAGGCGAUGCUAUAAAGCACUGUUUUGUUAAAGAAUUUAAACGACUGUAUGGAAGCAAGACUGGAAACAAUUAGAGGAGAGUGGUUCUUUAUUUUUUAGUUUUUGUAAGUUUUUUAAUGGGCAAAAUUGAUGAGGUUUAUGUGGACAUGUAUUAAUAGAUGCUUUUGUCUGUUGCUCUCUCAUAAUUCUGCAUCCCAAAGGAAAUAUUGGUCCUCUCCAUUUUUAGUAUUGCAGUGUCUGCAGUGUCCUCACAAUUGUUCAUGCAUUAAAAUUCACUGUGAUGAGGAAGUACUCGGUUUUUCCCUUUUUUCUCCCUUCCGUGACACUGCCUGCUAAGAUUCAGUGUAUAGUAAAUAAUGAAUACUGUUACUUUACUCCAUUAUGGGAUUACUGAUAGUUAUUAAUUACUGUGCUAAUAAGAGUUCUCCUUUAUCUGAAUGAGAGAAUUUAUAGUCCUAAUGCCAUUGUCUAUUCCAAGUAGAAACUUAAGAGAGAAAAGGGGGAAAGUGGACUAUAGAAUAGAACUGGAGCUUGCUCAGAGAGACCUACGGCUUGGUGAGGUGCUGGUCAUGCCUUGCCUCUUUCAGGAGAAAAGCAAUGAGGCAGAGGGCUGGAAAAGGCUGCUCAGGGGGAUUGUGGAGUCUUCCUCUCUGGAGACGUCCAAGACCCCUGCCUAGGCUGGGUCACCACCAGCAGUUACACAGGAAUGUGUCCAAAUGGGGCUCCAUUCAAACAGAUGAUCUCCAGAAGUCCCUUCCAAUCUUAAUAAUCCUGUAAUUCAGUGAAAAUCUUCCGCCAAAACUAGGAGUAAUUGCAAUGUGGUUUUAGGGGUGGAUUUUAAGAUUUUGCACAAUUCUUUAUGUCAUAGAUUGCUGCUUGAAGAGUCCUGUAAAAUCAUCUCAGCUGACUGUUUUUCCUGGAGCAGUAUGCUAAUAGAUGAUAUUUUGUUGAUCAGUAACAUCAGUUUUCCUAGAAAUACAAUUUAAGAGAAGAUAAUAGAUGUAUUUUUAAAUUUCUCAUAAGAAUAUUUAGUGUAAGAAAAACUGGUGUGAUAUCGAGUUGUAGGCUGUAAUUGUAAAUUGGAUAUGGAUUCGGAUUUCUCAGUAAAGCUUAUGUAAACAGGAAAUUAACAUAGUUUUGUCAUUUUCUGUCAACAAAAUAAAGAAGUGUAGUUUAGCUCAGUUUCAGUUGGCUAUUGCUUGAGAGUGGUAGUAGGAAGGGAAACCAGAGGAAUUUCUCUAAGAUCUUUAAUAUAGUGCUACCUAACCAUCAAGAAUCUCUAGGAACAGAUUAUGAAGAGGAACACAUUUAUUCCCCAGUGAUGAUGGGUGGGGAAACACAGAACACCUUCAAUAGGCAGCUUCUGAUAAAGGAGGCAGAGCCUACCCUGGCAAUCAUGUUUUAUGGUUUCCAGUGUGUCUGUACUUCAGCUAUCUCAAGUACUUGCUAUUUGUAUUUUUGUUCCCAAUCUAUAAGAAUGUCCUCCUGCCUUCUCUCCCAUCUUUUUGAGGCUGACUGGAAAACUUCCAUCAACAGAGGGGCCGUUUUAAUUUAAAAUUUACUGUGAGUUAGAUUACUGUAUUGACCGAUCUAUCAGAAUUACUGUCAAACCAGUGAAGUGUGUUUGUCACCUUGACUUUGCCUUUUACACCGUAUACACUAGUGUGAACUUUUGGGGUUUUGUUGUUAGGUUUUGUUUAAUGGGUGGAAUUUGAUCAAGUUACAAGGUUUCAUGCAAGUCUUAAAACGUUUGCUGAGGUUUAACAUUUGAUGCUUAUAUGCUAACUCCUUAUCCUCUAAUACAAAGAGGGACUAUUUAUAUCUUCUUAUUCUAGUUAUACUUUGCCUUUUUUAAUUUUAUAGCAGUGAGUACGUUUGUGGAAUACCUUCUUCCUCUGCACAAAAAUUCUACUAACACUGUUGUAUUUUCAGUUCAGCCUAAAACUCCGUGUAGGUUACCUCUGAUUGAAAGCAUACUACAGGGAUUCUGGUUCUUGUUACUUUCCCGCUGCUUCCGGUGCUGCCUCAGGAGCAUUGCCUGCUAACUAUAAACAAUGUUGAUGUCUACCAUAUGUUUUGGUAGAAAGUGCAGGAUUCCUGCUGUCCCACUAAACUCAAAUGCCUAGCUUACUAGUAUUUGUGGAUGUACAGUGGAAAUGUUGACUCCCCUAUCAUGUAGUUCUGUAAGAAACUCUUGUUUUCAACCUCCAAGGAAAUAAAUUUUUAGAUUGAGUAGCAAAAUCAAAAAAUAUGGUCAAAUACUUUUUCAUUUAAAUUUACAGAACCCGGGAUCUGGAGCUCAAACUUGUAACCCUAGCAGACAGUUUUGCAUUCCGGUACCAAUGAGCUGCGAAAAGUAUCUGAAGUAGAAUGGAAGCGUCGGUAAUAUUACCCAUUCUGAAGAAAAAAUUGGCUUUUCUUUCAGGAGGGAAGGACAGAAGAAGUGGCCUCAUUCUGACAAUUCCAUUAUGCCUUGAACAGACGAGUAUGGAUGAGCUGAGUGUCACACUAGACUAUCUUCUAAGUAUACCAAGUGAGAAGUGUAAAGCUCGAGGAUUCACUGUGAUAGUGGAUGGCAGAAAAUCUCAGUGGAACGUGGUAAAGACAGUUGUGUUAAUGCUCCAGAAUGUUGUUCCAGCUGAGGUGUCACUUGUUUGUGUAGUAAAGCCGGAUGAAUUUUGGGAUAAGAAGGUUACACAUUUCUGCUUUUGGAAAGAGAAAGAUAGACUUGGCUUUGAGGUAUGUUGAGCUUUUGUCUACUUCAGUCAGAAAUACUGUUUCUGAAAUACUGAUGUAAUUGGAUGACAGCUAAAGUAUCUUUAAAAUAACUAUAUUCCAGAUGCUUUGUGGAUAACCUUAACAAACCACUGUGUAUUUCCCCAUUUUUAAUGAGUCUUUCUUCAUUUAAUAUUCUUAACUUAGAAAUGUGUGGCAUUUAAUUGUUUGCUUAGCAAGAAAAUAAAGUUAUUUGAUACAUAUUGUUGGUGUUUUGAGUCAGAAACUGUUGUACAGGAUUUAGUGUGAAAUUUUUCAUGACUUUUUUAAUAGGCUGUAGAGAUAGAUGGUGUAUGGUGUCACUUCUAUCAGCUGUAACCAUUCUGACAAAUAUCUUGUUGGUAUUGCAUA